AUGAAAACAAAAAUGAAACAAAAUUUUCUACCCAUUCUUUGUCUGUUUCCCAUAACAUGCCAGCCUGUGAUUUCUCAUCACUGUCUAGUUGUCACAUGCCAUGUGGCACGUGACCCCACCUAGAGCCUUAGUCUUUGUUCUUAUAAAAGCUUCUAUCAUAACUACUUCCACCAAAAGCCACUAGACCCUUACUCUCUUCUUUACUUUCCUAACAUAAUAAUAGUCUCCACACCAAUACAUAUUAUACUCAGAACUCACCAAUAAGUGUGACAUUGAUUCUUCCAUCAUUGAAAUGGCCUCUUUUUGGUCACUCUUGCUAUUCAUCAUUUCUUUCAUGGCCGCCUCCAUUUCAGCUUCAUCAGCAACUCUAAAUUCUCCUCCAGUGUCUCCAUUUCAGGAACUGACCCCAGACAUUGCUCCACUAUUGCCUACUCCUGGUGGAGUGGUGCCACCAACUGCUUCUUCCAUUCCCACCAUCUCCUCCGACCCAAGCCCGCCUAAUCCUGAUGAGUUGGGUGCACCAGGACCUGAGUCUGCAUUUUCGCAUUCUGGGUCACUCCUUGCUUCUCCUGCAGCAGUUCGAAUUAUAGUCGGCUCAAUGAAGUUAGCUCUCUUCUUCUUCAUGGUUCUUACGUUGCCACUAUUCUCAUUAUUCUGAUCUGUACUUUUUAUUCAUCUACCCAUAAUUGUUCAAAGUUUAUGAUGUGCAGUUAGUGUCUUCUGAUAUGUUGGUUACAUUCGUGGACUGAUAUAGCUUGAUUGUUAUGAGAUAGAUAUGAUUAUGAAAUGCCUUGUAUGAGUAGCACCAAUUUGCAUCAAAUGUACUGGGAGUUGAAGAUUUUGAUGCCUUCAAGUUCUUGUAGUCUGUAAUCUUUAAGUGACAAAGUACAGGGGAUAUGGUGUUCUUCCCUCUGAAUUGCAGGUGACAUGGUUUUGGCUCA